CUUUCAAAGUACCAUUGACGCAAGCAAAAAUAUGCUGAACAUAUGGUAGGCCUCCUCCAAGAAAGAUUUAGAAGAUUGGCGGAAUAUCCUGAGAAUAUUCUCUUGUGGGUGUUUCAUUUCUCAAAGGAAAUUUUCUAAAGGUUCUUAGCGUAUUUUUUCGAGAGAGAGAAUCAUUUGAGAAGAAUUUUAAAUAGAUUUUGUGUGUGGAAUAUUAAAGUCCUAGACUGUUAAAAGCAUAAUCCAAGAAAACGCUGAAAAUAUUUACUUCUUCUUACUCACUGCAUUGAAACCCAUAGCAUAAUGGCUGAAUAUUUUCAGCGUCAUGUUCGCCCAGAGAAGGUAAAAGUUAAAAACGUUAAUCUUUGAAAACGUUGCUCCCACCCUCAGUGGCACUGACCUCAAAAGCGCUUCUAAGAAACUUAAAAAAAAACCGUGUUCAGUUACAAAAAAGAAACUUUUUUUUUUAGUAUUUUUUUAUUUUUAUAUCUCUUAAAACUUACUCAAUCCAAAAUGAGAAGUAGUGUUGCAACUGAGUAUCAUUUCGAAAAACUUUGAAAGCUCUGAAGUGUAAGAAAUGUUGGUUUCAGUCAUACACUUAUGAGUACCCCCUCCCCCUCCACUCUACUUCCUCUUAGCUUCUUCAACAAAGCCGUAGAUCCGAUACCACAUAAUAAUUUUUGAAUCUCAAACUUAUGACUUAAUUUUAGUUCUCAGGAAAUUACGUUAUUCACCACGGAUUUCAUUAGUAAUUUAACAUAGGUUCUGGUACACAAUGCAACCUUGAGUACACACAAACGGUCGUAUUUGUCCGCACUGAAGGCCAUUUACCCAGAAAGUAGAAUAAUGGAGGGAAAGUUGAGGCUGUGUAAAUCCUAAAUCAGUUCAACUUUUCGUGAACGUAAACGAUAUCGCGUCGCAUUUAGUGAAGCUCUUGCCUAUUUUUUUGGCAAAAGGGAAGAAAGCUGUGUGAAAACCUCUAAAACUCCAAGAAAGAGUGAAAGAAAUCCAAUGUCUAAUGUUCCGUUGGACGCUUCGGUCGGUGACCUAUUUUCGAAAUCUGUGCAAAACACAACAUAACCUGAGUCCUGAGUGUUUUCGAAAUGACGUUUGGCGCAGUUUAGUGGAGUCGUGAAUUUUUCUCGGAAAAGCACAGGAGAAUUCGUGUAGUUGUGGUGCAUCUUUGCGUUUUAUUUCCGAAUAAUUCGUGUGAUUUCAUGCGUUAUAAUCAACAUCGGUCGUGCAGCGAUAGCUUCCAAUUCUCAGGCCAAACGGAGCAUCAUAAUCUUAUACAGUACACUUCAUUAGCCAGACUACAUAACUGUCCUUUUUAUAGUUCGUGAGUGGUUCCCCGAUAAUAUGAGACAAUUUUCGUGACAAAUUCACGAUCCUCUUCUAUUUACUGCAGUGGAAGUUUCACAAUGUUUUCAGUUUUUGCAAAUGGCUAUGGAUAAUCAAAGAUGAUCCUCUUUCCUAGUUUUUUCGCUGGUGAUGUGCGUGGUUAGCUGCCGACAUGUCAUCGGACGAUGCGAGGCACAGCACAGAGAAGGCCCCGUCUUCAUCACCGAAAGCGGUAAAACUAAAACGAACUCCUUUAUCUCAAUUUGCUUCUAUAAGCACUCCCACCCCAAAGCCCAUUCAACCGAACAUCGCGAAUAAUGCUGAAAGAGCAGUAAUUAGUCCUUUGAAAUCAACGCCUCAGCCGGAAGUGGAAGAUGUCAGCAUACCACGUCCGCCCAGCAAGUUGGUCCGAGUGGCUGAGACUGAAACCUCCAAAUCAUACUCUACUGCACCCUCCCUAAAGCCCCAACCUAUCUGUGAUAAUAGUUUAAGUUCUCUGAUCAAAACCUCCCCCGAAAAGCGGGAAAUCCAAGACCCGAUCGAUCUGAUUCUUCAGAAUCCAUGUAUCGCCGCACCAAUCAGCGAAACGAAUGAAGGAGCCUUAAAAAACAAAGUGUCUGCCCUCAAUUCAUCCCUAGCUUCAAUUUGUAUGUACUCUUCAUCCGAUUCUGAUGGUUCGGAAAGUGAUAAAGAAGAUUUACGAACCUCUGAAGAGAUCGUUAAAUCCAGCCACGGUUCGAAGCCUGCUGAAUCAUGUAUAAAUUAUGAUACCAAUUUAGUGCCUAGUACUGAAGCUUCCGAGCUUUUGAGUUCCGCUGAAGAGUCAACCAGCUCAGAAAAUAUAGAUAAUUGUACAAAAUCUAUCGACAAAAACAUUUGUGCUCUGAAAAACAAAAAUUUCGAUUCCAGCAAGAAUUUCAGCGGUGAAUCGGGGGAAUCGAUCCCUGAAAUUUUUACAGUAAGUAAGACGCUUAGUGAAAAUAAGGGUUCCAUUAAUCUAGAAGGUACCAAUGAUAGCUGUAAGAUUGCGCUCGUAGAAGAGUCUACAUAUGAUGCUGCGUCCAAAGAUAGUCUGAUAAGUUGUAGUGCAAUUGGAAGUAGCUCCUCAGAGAGUACAUCUCGCAUUUCUGAGGCCCCCAGUAAGGAAUCCAUCACCCCAAGUUUGGAUCUCAUUGCCAGUGAGGACAGAAACUCUGUCACCAUUGCAGCAAAAAAUGAUGACACUUUUACUUACGUCAAGGAGAAGACUACACCUUGCCGAACAGGUGAAGGCGUCAGCAGUGAAGGAUUUCUUUUUCCAUCUAGGCAGGAGGAAAAUUUCUCCCAAGAUGCCCCUGUCCCAGAAAUGCAGCGAGUUUCAGUUGGAAAGAGUUCGUCAACAACGUGUUAUGAUAAUCUGGGUCUUACUAGAAACGAAAAUCUUAGGGAUACUGAGAUGUCUGACUCUCCAGGCAUAGUGAUGAGUGACAACCUAAAGUCAAGUAUUGGUAACUCUAACGAAACAACCUUUGAUUCCGAGAAGAUUAUUCCAACAGAGUCGGUUGCAGUCUUAACUGAUGAGAGAAACGCAGACGAAGCUUUAGUUUUUGAACGUGAUAAUCGACCAGAAGAUGCUGAAGAGAUUCGUGCAAAAUCAUCUGAAAUAAUAAACGUUGAGAGCGGUUACUCCUCAUUAGAAAACAUCGAAAAAACAGAUCGAAAGUCCCAGGAAAUAAAUGAAACAGAAAUCACCCGAUCCACAGUUGAUUACUUUGAGAGGCAGAGUAGCCCAGUUAUGGAGACUCUCAACUCUUGUGAUCUGAUACAAUCAAAAUUAAGAGAUGAAUUAGUCGAGUCCCACUCCAAAGAUUUAACUUCUGUGGAGGGUGCGAUUACAAGAAAAGAUGGUGCUGUUAAUGUUAACCCCGUAGAAUCCGAAGCUGCUGAAUCCUCUGCUGCCGCAGAAAAAGUAAGCAGAGCUGAGAAAUCAGUACAUCCCACCCAUAUCUCAGUGUCAAGUGGAGACGUUACGGAGCAGUUAAAUUUGCCUGAAAGCGUCUUAAACAGGCUGUCCUCAGAUUUGAUUCCUACGAAUUCAGCUGACAUUCCAAAGAAUCAAGUGACAUGUGACAUCGCACCAGAAUCUAAAUGUCCUGAAGUCUCUUCUCUGCAUUUAAAGAACAAGGAAGACAGUAGCCUUAUGUCAACUUCGAGUUCCUUAAAAAUCCUCGAAGAUCAAACAGUCUCAGAACGAAUAGCACAAAAAGAUCCAGAAUUGAAAGGAACGUGUGAUCCUACAAGGAAGGAAGAGCAGUUAAAUUCUUCCGAUAAAACUAUUGUAUCAACUCUCAAGUCAGCCAUAUCGUCAUUUGAAAAUAGUGAAACAAUUGAUGACUCAAAAUCAUUAAAAAUCAACAGUAAAACUCUCAGAAGACAGUCUCCGAAAUAUUCAUGCGAUCAAUUUGACUUUGUAUCAAAUCCACAGGGUUUAGAAUUUGAAUCCUCAUCAAAACUAGACAAGAACAGCCCAAUACCAGACGAUUCCAUUUUAUCGUCAAUGCUGAAGAUACCUCCAAAUUCCUCUCCGCGCUUGCCAGGAAUUGGUUCUCUGAAAACAUCUAUAGGACGCUUUGUAUCCGAUGCAGUCAGUCCUUCAUCAGUGCUAGAAUCGCCGGUCAGGGAGGAAAUCCCAAUUUCAUCAGCCUCCGAAGCAGUCGAAAUAAUUCAAAAUAUAUGCAACUCAGGUCCAUUUUCAAACAGUGCUCAAAUGUUCUCAUCGCCAGAAGUUUCCACUCCUGAUCUGUCUUUAGGUAUUUGUCCUCCUAAGGUUAAUGUGCAGGUAAGCUCGCCCUCUAUGUCAAUAGGUACUUUAGAUCCUUGCCUGACUAGAAGUCCCAAAAGUGGAUCAAACUUUCACGGUGAAACUUCAAAGUCAUUUAAUACUAACCUUAAGUCUUGCUCAGUGCCUAAUCCAACAAAAAAUGAUAAAUCCGAAGAGUCGGUUUCAUUUUUAGAUCUGAACUCUUUGCUGAACUCAGACCUGAGCAAAUCCUUGGGGAUAAACGUUGAGACAUUCCAGUCCCCUUUGGAUAAGACUGUGGCUGAUCCCAAAGAGCCUUACUUCAUGGACUUCAACAAGUCUGCAGAUGUUCGGUCAGCUAUGAGUGUGUUUGACUCUGCAAUUUCAUCAGCUACAUGUCGGUCAAAUGAGGAUUCCUCCAUAGACAGCGAGCUUUUUGCAACGGCCAGAAAUAUUGAGGCUCAGUUCAGUUUUCGAGAUAAGGAAGAUUCGGCUGACUCAGUGCUGGACUCGGAUUUCUUGGAGGAACCAGUAGAAUAUCCAGUUUUUGAAACGAAAGUGCCUUUUGGAGCAGAGACUCAGUUGCCGUACAGAGCUAAUUUUUCUGGGUCCUCGCUAACCUCAAAGUCGCAGCUUCAUUGCGGCUCGAAAGCAGCAACGCCUCCUCAAAAAACCAAAUCUGCUUUGAAUGUUGCACCCCUAAUCAAAAGUACGCCGUUUGCCUUUUUUCAAGACAAUUCAAAACAGCCCGUGCGCAAACCCAAAGCCCCAUUAAAAGGUACAAGAGCUGCUCAACCUCCUGCUUUCAAAGCUAGUCCCGCAGUCAGAUCUAGAAAUCCCAAAACAGCUCCAGUUCCAAAACUCAAACCAAUUGUGAGUCCAAGCACCGUUCCAAAGUGUGAGCCAAAAGAAAGCACGAUCUCAGUUGUGAAACAUCAUCCUGAAAUAAGAAAAGCUCCAGCCUCGAGGCAUGAGCCCAAAGUUAGUAUGCAUCCACCUGCAAACUUCGAAUCCAAAACAAACCCAAUGCCGGCCUUCAGGCCUGAAACAAUACUUGACUCUAAAAUAACUGUAAUUCCUGCUGCUAAACCAGAGCCCAAAGAGAGCAGAAAAUUAAUACCCAGGGUAGAGUCUAAAAAUAAUACAAUAAUAUCACCGAAAAUGGAGCUUAAACUUAACCCAGAAGCUCAAGAAAUUCGUGAAACUUCAAAAGAUAUUGCACUAAGUAAUCAAGAGCCCAAAAUCGAAACAGCUAAAUCGAAAAUUGGAAUCGCCACUGUUUUUAGAAGUCAAUUAGAAGCUGGUUUAAAUCCCAUCAGUCCCAUUGAUAACGAAGUAUCCUCCCACUUGACGGAACCUGCUACACCCUCACCUACAGCCAAUGAAACGGACUCUCAGCCUGUUGAUAAUCCCCCUGUUAUUGCAGAAAUAGUUGAACAAGGCCAUUCAAGUGAGAAAAAAAAUUCGAAGAAGAAAAAAUCACAUUCUAGAGACAAAAAAUCGAAGGAAACAGAUAUUAGCCAUCAAAGCGGUGAAGUUAAACCUGUCAAGAUUAAGCUUACCAUUCCAAAAAAUAGUCUUAAUUUAAGUGAUCAGUCUUCUGAAAGUCACUCUGCACUGACGCAUGGUACUGAACAACCGGCGGCAGAAGAGGAGAAUGCUGACUCAAAGCGUAUAGUUCAGCCAAUGAAAAUCACUCGGGCUUUAAGCAAUUUGAAAAGAGAUAGCAGCUCGUGGAAAGUUGUUGAAUGCCCAAACGAUCAGCCUGGCUGUUCCGAUGAUGUGCAGUCAGUAGAACCAGACUCUAAACAUGUCAAAAUAACAAUUUCUCUGAAGUCAGAGCAAAAUGAAUCCAAUUCAUGGAAAGUAAUUGACAGUAAAGAGAAUAUCACAGCAAAACACACGAAAGAUUCCAAAACCCAAGCGGAUCCAGAGCAACGGGAGUUCAUUAAACCAUUUAAGAUAACGAGACGAAUUCUCAAGAGGCAGAAACAUCUAAAGAAUAAAGAUACAUCUUGGAAAGUUGCAACUUUGAGUGAGUGUGAAACCGAGACUGAAAGUGAGGAUGAAAGUCGUUCAUCAAGGAAUCGCUUGACGUUUCUUGGCCAUCCACCUAGGAAAUUCAAAAAACACUUUCCUCUUCAUAAUGCUCGCGCGCUCCAAGAUAGAAAAAAACGUAUUGAGCCUCCACCCAAGUUUCCAUCUUGCACAAAUUCGGAAUUUUCUGAUUCCGAGCUUGAGUCUGAUUCUAAUCAUGAGUCUAUUUCCGUCCAUAGUUCUUUGAACAAAAGUAGCACCAAAGAUUUAAUUAUUGAUAGCCCAGAAAAUUCUAAUGUGCGGAUAGUUACCACAGACACUGGGCUUACCAAGAAAAUACUUUUUAAGCCCCUGGUGGAAAAGACCCCUGAACAAAAUGUCCCUGUGGGAAGUAGCUCUGCAGAUUCUACAUCUAGUCAAAAAAUAGAAGCGAGAAUGACUCGGUCUUCCAGAUCUGCAGAAAGCCCCUCUCUCACUCAUUCAGUAGUAGAGACUCAUGCAGAGACUCUUCCUAGGAAGCCUAAUCGCAGGUCUCGCCAUGCAGAAUCUCCCCUCACUUGUGGAGGAGUACAAAUUGUAAGUGACUCCCCCAAUUCUCAGGAUGAUCUUGCAUGUUCCAAAGAUGAAGAGGUCCUGGCGGAUCAAGAUGUUGACUCUGUGCAACCUUUACCUGUAGCUAAAGAUCGUGGAAGCUCAGUCACAAAUACUGACCUGAAGGUCGCCGACCAAAACUCACCAAUCAAACUCAUCAUUAAACCUAUCAAAUUGACCAAAGACAAGAAUUCCGAAUCAUUUAUCGUGGAAAAAGGGCCAGAGUUUGAACUGUGCAAUUCACAAAGUAGCUCUCCAAAAAUUAGCAAUGCUGCAGAAAAAGACACUGAAGUUGAAUCCAUCAGUGGUAGUAGAUUGACCCGGAAAAUGCGCUCUCUCCAAAAUCUAGAAACAGAGAGUGAUUCAGGAGAAACUCAAAGUGACGUAAAUACACCGUUAUCAACCGUUAUGACGAAUGAGGUGCACUCUCAUCGUAAGAGUCGUUCCAAAAAACCUGAUUGUAGCUUGUCAACACAAGAAAUUAACGUUUCUCAAUCGCCUGGAGAGGGAAGCACCCACAUAAAUUUGAGCGACAGUCCAAGCAGAUUACGUAUAAAUCGCUCAGCAAAAGUAGCCUCUCCAUCAGAGCAUGUUUCCGACCAAACUAAUUUUGACCCUGAUGGGAACUCUUCGAGCAGAUUAGACAGAGGAGGCUUUGUGAAAAGGAACGUCUUUGUUACACGAGAUAAGUCUCCAAAACUAUCAGCAAAGAACUCCGAAAGUAGAGAAGAAGUUAUUUGUAAAGCGGAAGUGGUACCCAGCUCUUCCAGCCGUGAUCAAGAUGGAAUGUCUUCUUCAGACUCACUGGUAAUCAUCACAGACGCUGGAGUGCCCAAAAGGAUAAAAAUCAAACCUCUGUUACCUCUUGAUGAAAAGUGUGAUCCCUCCGAUGAAGAUGCACCCAAAGGAAAAGAUUUGAAACGUCAUAGCAAGUCUUCCAAGAGCAAAAAGCACAUAGUUGAAGAUAGUACCUUUGAAUCAGCUUUUACAUCCUCUGAAACCUCAUCUGGUGAUCCAGCGGCAUGUAAAAUUAGCUCCCCUGUGUUAGAUGAUGCAACAACACUUGAGUCGACAGCUGAGGUAGAUGAAACAACUCGUCUCACGCGUUCUCAGUUAAAAUCCGCAAAAGGAAUUGAAUCAGUUGAAGACUCAAAAACCUCAUCUCCGAAAAUAAGACAAGAAGACCUUCGGAAGACCAGUCGAUCAUCGAAGAUUUCCUGCAAAAGUGGAACUGAGGGUGAUCACACUGAAAGUAACCCCCAUCUUACAGUGAACACUAUUUCUCAUCUAGAGAAUGUACCACCUCUUAUACCUAAUGUCAGCAGUCAUCAAGGAAGUAACCCCAACGCGGAAGUACCUAAAAAGAAAGUUGGGAGGCCUUCAAAAAAGAAGAAAUCUCAAGCUUUGCCGCUCCUGGAUGAAAAUGCUCCUCGGGUAAUGGAGGACAGCACCCUAACUUCCGUGGAUCUUAAUAAAAUUUCAGACCUAGGUAAAGAGAAUGAGACAGAAUCUGCUGCUAGUAAGGGUAUAAUUGAAGUCCAACCCUCUUUAGUAACUGCUAGUGGGUCCAAAAGAAUCAAAAUUAAACUGAGAGCUCUUGCAGCACCUCCAUCUGAUACAGAACAGAAUCUUGGAGACCAUUCACAACAGAUGCAGAAUCUUGCCUACAAAAAUCCUGUCAAGGAAAUUAAUAACGCCAAAAAAGAAGGAUGUGAAAUUGUAACUUCAAAAGAACCAUUCAACAUCAAAAUUGAUUCAAAUAGCCAAUCCAUAGACGAAGAACCUAACAUAUCACCAAUUUCAAAGGAUUCUUGUAAGACAAUAACUAGUAUGCCACCGAAAUCUUCAUCUGAAGAUAAUUGUUCAAAACAUGACGUCAAACUAAAUCUUGAAUCGGAAAAUCUCACCUCCCAUAUAGCUUUUGAUUCCGGAACAGAGCAUCUGACAGACAAGAAAUCUAAGUCUAAAAAGAGUGAUAAAAACUCGAGCAACCUAAAAGGUGAAACCUUGUCAGUUGAAAGUCUAAACUCAGAUGCAGAACUAAGUGCAGACACCCAAGAAAUAACUAUGCCAACAGGUAAGAAAGUGCCUCAUGAAGCUCAAAGUAGCUGUGACUUACCGUUGAAGUCGUCCAAUUCAAAAAUUGAGAAAGAUUCUGAUGACACGUCGUUAAAAAGGUACACAACUCGUAAAAAAGGAAAAAUCAAUACAGAUGACAUCAGUCCGUCUAUGAAUAAAUCAAGUGACCCAAAAGUGGAUAACAGUAUCAAAGGCCCAAUGUCAGGAAAUAAAGAAUCUCCAAGAAGAGGGAGGCCAAAGAUUAAAAAAUCUGUUAAUCCUGAUGCUGAGCGCGACCUUACUUCGACAGAAAAUACUCAAGUUGAAAACAAAACAAGUGCCCUCAUUACGACCAGUAAUGAUCCUAAUGUGAACUUGAAGGAAACUCCUCAAGAAAAGAAAAAACGAAAGCGGCGGAAGAAGAGCCCCAAAUGGACACCAGGUAGACGUAAAAAACCUACGAAGAAAGUAGACAAAGUCGCCCCUGGAACUACGACGCUCAUCUUAGACACUCAAUUGGACGCUCACCUUUCUGAAAAUCUAAUCACAAAUGUCACAAAGUUUGCCUCUGAAAAAUUAGAAGCUGAAGUUCCAAGAAGUGAAUCCAUCGAAUCUCAGCACUCUAAAAAGAACGAAAUUCUCUCGGAGGAAGAAACCUCUUCUGAUGUCUCCAUCUCGCUCUCUAACAAGACUGAAGCUUUUACCAGCAGUCAACAACCAAUACCAGCAGCGCUUUCUGAUAACAAAGAAAUUUUGGAAUUUAAUUUGGACAGAGGUCAAAACCUAUCCAGCACAUUUGAUCAUACAACUCCUGAAUGUGCUGUGCACGUAACUCCAAUCACUGGCGAAGAACUGUCAAAGUUGAAACCCACGGAAGUUUCGGAGCAUGACGAAACUUCGGAACCAGCUCUACUUAUAAACGAAAAUCAAUCCGUGCAAAAUCCGGUCAUCAAACCAGUAUCAGACAUACUUGAUAUGCCUAAUGUUGACCCUGUCACACAAAUGUCCGCAGACGAUUCAAAGACCCCUGCAGAAAUAGCAUGCAGAAAGUUUGAAGGUGAACUCGGAGAUGAAAAAUCUUUUGAUCUCAUAAAUCAAUCAUCAAUCGAUGAUAGUCCAUCCAACAUCUCCCAAGAUGUCUCUAUAAGCCUUGACCGGAAUGAAAAUAUUUGUGAAGAUAUAGAGAUAUUGACUAAAACUGAAAUUCAUGGUACUUCUAAGGAAUCACCUCAGGUACCUAUUGAUGCAGCUGAGCAGGUGAGCGAGUUCAAAGCGCUUUCUGUCACUGAAAAUAAAGAAGAAAAACUGUCGGAUGUUGCAGCAAUCGGUAUAAUCUCGAACUCAGAAAAUUCGGAGGUGCCUCUCAACAAGUCAGAAAGUACUGAAGUGCCAAGUGAGGAACUGUACCCCUGCGAAACGAUACAAAAUCAGAAACAGAAAAGUCGAAAGAAGAAGGGAAAAAAGAAGAUCAGUAAAAAGUGCAAAGUUUUCGAGGAGCCUGGAAAAGUGAAAGGAGUUGUGCCUCGAUUAGAAGCAGCUGUCACUGAAGAAAGCACAGCUAUAAUUAGAAUACUUCCAGAAAUUUCAGUCGUGCAGAAAAGUCAAGAAGAAAAACUUGUACAAGAUCAGUCAGAAGAGUCAUAUUUUGAAGAUCGUCUAAUCAUGGAGAAAGUAAAAGAUCAACCAGAAAUGCAAGUUGAGGAAAACUUAAUGGACAGCCAAUUGAAAUUUCAGUCAGAAGGAGCUACGAUGAAUGAAAGCAUCGGAGUAGAGGAAAGAACAUCCCAUUUAGAAGAAUCGGCUGUCGGGAAGAGCCAUGACAUAGAGGAAAGUGAGCAGCAAUUGAAAACAGUGGUUACUUUAGAAUUACAGAGCAGGGAUAAGAUAGAAUCUGAAGGAGAAGCAGCGAUUUUUGGGGAACAUGAUCAGAAAAAUGAUGACCCGUUGACACCCUCAGUUAUUGGAAAAAGACCAAAAGAUACGGAGUGUGACGCUCAGUCUUCAGUAUUAGGUGAAAUUAAUAAAAAAGUAGAAGAAGCAGGAUCUCAACCACCAGCGACAACCAAUAAAGAAUGCCUAAACUUUGCAGAAACAAUGCCUCAAUCUAAUGUAGUAGCGGUCGUAAAAAAUUGUAAAGAGGAGGAAGUAGAAAAAGUUUUGAAGAACGAACAGCAGUUUAAAGAAAUAGAACAGCAGUCCCAAAAUGUGGCUGGCGAAAAAGAUUAUACGUUGAAAGAGAAUGUUCUUGACUCAGAUAUUAGUUUGAACGAAGGAAAUAAAGCAUCUCCUGAAGUUUGUUACUCUGAGCUCCCGCUUUCUCAGCCAGAGCCGUCCUAUGAAAGUGGAUCAAAUAACACUCAGGAGAUAUCCAAAGAGACAGUGAGUAUUGGCGGAGAAACUUUUGAAUUGAAUGAAGCAGAUACUGAGUCUUUAACUUCCGCAGGUGUAACAGAGGGGAUUAUUCAAAGUACAGAAGAUGGUUUGCCAAUGCAGGCCAGUGAACUCAUCGCUGAAUCUGUCCCUGAAAGAUCAAGUACCCUCCUAGAAGAACAACAAUAUUCGGCAUCAGGAGACAUCACAACCGCAGAGUUGAAAAAAACUGAAACUCUACCAGUUGCACCCACCGUAAACAAGGAAAAUGAAGCAACGGAAAGAAUUACUGAAGCUGCUGUAGAAGAAAGUUUCAGGAGCAAAGAAGAGGUUUCGAGCAUAGUAGCUGAAAAUGGAUCCUUAAUCACUGACAUGGAAGAAACAGUCUCUGAAGUUAUGACUGAGGAAACUCCUGAGUGUGACAUUGCCAAAAAAGAUGAAAAAACAGAAUCUCCAGGAAGUGACCUAGCCCUUGCUGAAGAAAACGACAAAAUUGUGGUGGAACAUCUCCUCGGAGACAAAGAGGAAGCGUCAAGUCUUGCGGUUGAAACUGGAAGUUUGAUAACUGAUGUAUCCGAUAUCUUGGCAAUAGAUUCAGAAGAAAUUUCUGAUGCUGAAGCAUUCCAAAAAAUUGAAAGUAUCGGCAUUGAAGCAUCCGUAGGUGAAGAGAUAGUAGCCCUUCGACAGCCUCCAGUCGCCGAUUGUAGUGAGGAAAGUGCUCAAGAAACCAAAGAUGAAGUGUCUAGUCUAAAGGCAGAGGUAGGCAGUCCGAUCACUGAUGUUGUCUCAGAAAUGAUCGUGGAAUUGGAGACCAUUGAAAAUCUAGAGCAGGAAAGGAGUCAUGAAGUUGUACUCACAGACGUAAAAGAUGAAUCCUCCUAUGUUGAAAUAGUUGAAGAAGGCUGUGAGCUUGUUCCCGAAGACAUAGCAAGAGAAGAAUUAAAAGACGAAGUUUCAAGCUUAAUUGUUGAAACAGGAAGCCAAAUCGAAGAUAUCCCAGAAGUCUCGGAGCUGGAGACUCAAGUCUGCGCCAAUCCAUUAAGCACAUUUGAAGUUCCAGGCGAAGCUUCUGAAUCACUUGAACUUGAAUGCUCUAUGUCAGAAGAUGCUCUAGAGGAGACAUCAAGCAUACUUGUUGAAGCAGGAAGUCAGGUCACCGAUCUUAUCUCAGAACCCUCUGUCUUUGAUCUAGAUAGCCCAUCCAGUCUGGAUUCAUUAGAUGAAGAGACCCCAGGUUUUGAGGUCUCCGACUCCGAAGAUGAAGCAUGCGCUCUCCUUCGAGAGCGUCAAAAAGUAGAAGAAAUUGAGACUGGCGCUAUUCUGGAAAUAGUUGAAACAGCUGUUACUGAGUUAUUAUUUAAAGUCGUCGAAGAGAUGAAAAUUGAUGCUAAAAAUUCUGGAGCCUGCGAAGAACGUGAAAUUGGUGAAGUGACUGACGAUCAAUCAACCUUCAGGUCAGUGGCUCCUCAGGCUGAAAAAAUAACCAUUAGUUCGAACAUACCUCCAGUGGCUGAGAAUGAUAAUAAAGAAUGCAUAGCUGAUGUAGAGCUCAUGCCUCAAGGCACGGAAGAAAUUCAAAUUUCAACUCUUUCAGCUCUCUCUUCUUCAGAGGCAGUUAUCAAUGAAAAUUCAGAUAAUGCAUCUGUAAGUGUAGAAACCGAAAGUCGCAUAUUAAGAACUGCAAGUUCAUGCUCUGAUAAAACUAAGGUCUUGCCAGAACAUGAAAAGAGCGUAUUAGGAAGUGCGGAAGUUCUUGAUCAAAUUGUUGAAACAGGAAAGGCGAUAGAAUCCGAACAGGCCAUUAUUGAAGAUAAAGAAGUUACAACGAACUGUUUGAAUGAAACUAGCGAAGAUAAAAUUCAUACUGAAAUCUCUUCAACGCCGCAAGUAAGUUUAGAGGUCAUAGAGCCUGCAACUACUCUUACAUCCUCGACCUGUAUUGAGACUCCUAGCAAAGAUUCUAGUCCUAUCACAACAGAACCAGCUAGUUCUAAGUUCAACGAAACCUCAGCAAGUGAGGCCGCCAAAUCCAAUGAAGCCAACCCAGCUCUAAUGAUCGCUAGCAUGGAACAUGUUAACGUUGGUAAUGCAGCCGGUAAUCUAAAUCUAAUGCCAAGCUUUCCGAGCGCUGAAUCUGAAGAGUGCAAUAUUGUGUCAGAAGGUACUGAUUUUAGACCCUCAGAAGUACAGUGUAACUCUGCAUCAAGAAUUUGUGAAACCGAGCAGUUUUUGGAAACUGACUCUGUAGGAAUUGAUGUGCCUAUUUUACCAGAAACAGCAAAUGAUUCCACGAGACAAGUCUGUUCCGUCAUUAAGCCUCCAGAAGUAGAAGCUGGAAACAGUAUUGUUAGUUCUGGUAGUCAAGAUAAUAGUGCAACUUCAGUAUCUCAAUCUUCACUUGGAACUGUUCCUGUUGAUCUCUUAGAACCAAAAGAAUCCCUACCAGUCACAAUAAGUAAUGUUACAUAUGCCGCUGAUGAUAUUGAAAGCAAAGUAGAUGAAGGAAGAGAAAGUGCUUCAUCAAAAGAAUUGUUGGAGUUAGUUGACACACAAGCCAGUGUACAUACUGAGGAAAAAAUUGAUAAAUCAAUCAGCACCAGCGAAAAUGAGACUGAUAACUUCCCUACUCCAUCCAUUGAAUCCAAAUUGACCAUCGAGCAGCAUCAAAGUAUUGAAUCUCCUGUAGAGAGUCACCCUGGAAAUGAUUGUCUAGAAGCAGAUUCAGUUGGAGAAUCUGUUGAAAUUUCAGCCCCGUUGAAAUCGGAGGUAACAGCGCAAGUAUCGAAGAGGAGAGGAAGACCACCGAAACGGAAACGUCCCAUCAAGAUAAGCCAAGCAGAAGCCCCAAAUAUUGCAUGUUUAGGUGAGAAAGCAGUAUCUAUCGAAGCAGCGAACGUGAAGCCCAGUGAAGUGUCAGUUGAAACAUGUAGCUCCCCGCCGCCAGCUAAAAGAUUCUUGUUUGAAAGACCCAAAACUCGCCGUUUUGCGAAAGCAGAGCCAAUUAAAUCAGACGGCAUACAAAAUCAGAACAGUGCAAAAGAAACAAAAUUUGCUGAGAAAAUACAAUCCUCAUCAAAACUCAAUACUGGUACCUCUGUAUCUCCUACUGAAAGGCCACAUACCCGUAGACGCACAUCAGAAUGCGCAAUUGAGUCCGAAGUGACAUCUGAUAAGUUAGAAAAGGAAGGAUUAAAUGACUCAAGCCCUGCAAGAAAUUUGCCCGCUCAUGAACCUCAAACAUUGGAAUCAAAGCCUAAACGUGGAAGGCCCAAGAAGACAAGACCCUCCUCUAAAUCGCAAAGUGAAUCUGACAAUGUCAGUGAUGGGUCUCUUGACACCUCAGCUUGCUCUCAGCCUGAAAAUCCUGAAGUGAUGGACUCCGAUGUGUUAGCCGAGGAUGCUAAACCAAGGAGAGGAAGAAAAAAGAAAGGAAGUGUUACUACGGAAACAUGUAAAGAGCUUCAAAUAAAUCUAAAACAAACAGAACCUAUUGUUUUGGCGCCUAAAAGUUCUUUAGAGAGUUAUCAGUCUAAAGAGUCCGUAGUAUUCCUUGAAAAAGCUGAAAAUUUUGAUGAAAGUUCUAAAGAUUAUGCUCAACCUAAGGAAGAGUGGAAAAAGAAAAAUACCCUUCCUUCAGAAACCGCAGAAAGCAGAGCCGAAGAGCCGGGCAAAAGUAAAAAAACGGGAGCAUCUGAUCCUCAAGAAUGUGGUAAGCCUGACGAAAGGAUUGUCUCUAGUCCUGAGUUGGAGGCAGAUGUAAUCGGUAGGGAAUGGAAGGAAAACCUCGAAGAAAACAGAGAGCAGUUAGGUGAAGCUUUCUCUGAUAUUAAAUCUAGAAGAGGCCGGCGUAAAAUAAGUUUUAAUGAAAAUCCAGCAGCAUGUGAACUUAAAAUUGCAUCGCCACAAUCUUCUAAAAACUCCAAGAAAGAAGACAGCGCCUCCAAAAAUGAGAGUUUAACGGAAGUUAUCGAUGUCCCUGAAGACAAACCCAGGAGAGGAAGGCGCAAAACAAGUGCUAGCUCUACAGACACUGAGGCACCUAAAAAUGAUGCAAUGGAGAAUGAAAACUUGGUUGAACUUGAGCUUCCUAGUACCAAUGCAAAUGAAGAUAUUGAAGGGUCACGUAACACACUAAUCUCAGACAGUAAACUCAGGAGUGGUAGACGUAAAAUAAGUGUUAGCUCAGUUGCUCAGUCUUCCGUAACUCAAAAAGUAGACUCUGUAUUGACAAGUCCUAAAGAUCAACCGAGAAUUCAGCCAGCCUUAGAAUGCACACCCAGGAGAGGAAGGCGGAAACUAAGCGACCAUCCUAUAGACAGUUUAAGUGGACCUGUAACUCCAAGUCCAGAGGAGAGUGAUACUAGCAUUGUCAAUUCCAAAAAGACUAGUCCUACAGACACUACCUCCAAAAAUAAUAGACGUAAAACAAGCGUUUCUUUGAUGGAAAAUAGCGUACCUGAAUCACAAGAGAUAAGCGACUCAAAAGUACCACAGGGAUCCGAUGUUGAAACUUCAGGGAUAAAACUCCGCAGUGGAAGAACACGGUCAAGUGCCAGUCUCUCUGAUAAUACCCCUGAAAAAAUCGACACAACUCUGUCAAAAAGUGCCACAAAAUCUGAAACAAAUGACCAGCCAGAUUUGAAAGCUCAAAUUGCAGAGACUAAGCUUAGGCGAACCAACAGAAAAAUUAGUUUCACUGAAAAUGUACCUGAACUUUCAGAUGUUCAGCAAAGUAUUCCUAGUGAAUUGGAAACUUCUUUGUCAGGAGAUUCUGAUUGCAAAUUACGCAGCGGAAAAAGAAAAAAUAGUCGUUCUGAUAGCCUUUCUUCAGAAAAAAUGGACUCUCCACGUACUUUUUCUGAUAAUUCAACCGCUCAAGUAUCCGGAAGAAUGUCAUUAAGAGGAAAACGAACAUCUAGUGGAAGUUCCACCGACGGAAAAAAUGUUCCCUUAGUAGCUGAACUCCAAAACUCAAAAAGUAAAAAACCAGUAAAAUCUGCUGCAACUGCCGAGGAGAGGCCUAAAAAAGGUAAGCGAAACAAAUUAGAAUCUAAUCAUACGGUAGACAAAAUAGAUGUUAAUAUUUCUGAAGACAAUCUAAUCUCAGAAGGACCAAGAACUCGUCGUCAAUCUUCAGGAAUGCAAUCCGAAAAUUUUAAACCCCUCGUCAACAGGAGAAGGAAAAUGUCUGUCAAAGACAAAACAGAAUGUCAGGCAAUGGAAACUGUCAUUUCACCAGGAAAGGCAGAAUCAAAGAAGGAUCAGCCAACCACGAAGCUGCGAGGAAAAUUGUCCCAACAAGCCGCUACUUCAUUGGAAACUCCUUUAAAAUCAACAAUAAAAGAUAUGGAACUGAAAAAUCACAGUGAUGAGGAACCAGCUGGUGUCACUGCUUCUGUUGUGGCAAAACCCUGGUCGUUUGAUAGAAGAAAAUCAAAAACUAGUUCUGAAUUUGAAGAGAGGAAAUCAGAAGUACCUUUCGACUCAGCUUCAAAAACAAGUGACAUUGAAAAUUCCACAGAUAAAUCCAAACCAAAAGUUGAUUCUGAAGAAUCAAGCUCAGAUUUUGAUGUGUCAUCAGACAGCGAUGACGAUGAAGACUCGGAAGAAACGUUGUCUGCCUCAACCAAUGGGAGUGGUAACUCAGACCUAGAUAUCUCAUCAGACUCGGACGAUGAAGAAGGUGGUCGAGAUAAAGUCCUUCCCAAAAAACGAGAAGGUUCUAUGUCACCUGAAAGUGCAAGUGACUCCGAUUCCACCUCUGAAUCAUCUUCAGACAGUGACGAUGAAAGCCUGGUGUCAAGUCCUGCCUCUCCCAAAAGGACAACUCCAAUCAAAGAUAUUGUAACAAAAAAAGACGAAUCAGAGGAAAAACCAGCCAGUAACACUAAACUGGUGUCCUCAGCCAAGUCCACCACUAACAUCAAAACAGCAUCUCCGUCCAAGUCUGUCAUUAAUACCAGAAUAACAUCCCCAGCCAAAAACAUCCUCAGCACGAAAGUCGAAACUCCAGAGAAACUGGCUCAAAUCAAACUUUCAGUAGAGUCACCUGCCAAACCACCUGAAGAUGAUAGCUCCAAGUCUUUUCGCUUUUACAGCGUCAGCUCUGAUUUGAAUCUCUCUUCAGAGAGUGAUGAAGAGGACAACAAGCCUUCACAAACCCCAAUUAAAGCUGGCAAGAGUCAAAAUGUAGGGUUGAAUCUAUCAUCAGAAAGCGAAGACUCCUCAUCAGAGAGUGAGGGAGAGCCCAGUACAUCCGCAGCGUCCGAGGGAAAAUUGAGCACCCCUAACACAACUGCUGAUGACAGCUCGGUGAACCUGACCGCAGAAAAUGUUUCUGAAAUGGUUCUUUCUGCUCAGUCAGAAGAUAUCGUUGACGAAAAACCAACAGAAGAUGUUCUUCAGGAAAUCAAGACUUCAAGCUCUGAUCAAGCUAAGGACAGCGAUUCACCUCUCAGUAUUCAAACGAAUGCUGUUGAACCCUACGCCGUCGCUGAGAGCUCAUCAAUGCCAUCUUCUAAUGAAGUACAAACCCAAGUAGUUGACCCAAACCAAGCAGCAGUUCAAAGCAUUUUACAGUUUGCCGGUAAUAGCGAAGAAACGUAUUGCCCUGAAGAAACGCCCACAGGGCUCAUCACUCCAUGUCAGCCAGCCCCGGAAUUGUCUCACCCUAUCGUUGAGCUGAGUGAAGUUGAAAGAAAGCUUGCAGAGGCCAGUGAAUUAAUUGCAAGUCAGACAUCAUCCCCAUUUGUUGACGCUGUUUAUUUUGGGAGGCAGAAGGAAAUGGUCCCAGGGAAUGCCACAUCCACACCCGUUACACAUCCUAUCGUUCCCACAGGAGACUAUGAGCUGGACAACGCAGUAAGAUCCAUAACGUUUGACAAUACAUACAACGAAACAGAUUUCGCCGUUUCAAUGUUGCAUGAAAGCUACAGCAUGGAGUAUUACUCCGCUUCUGAGUACCAAACUGCUCCAGAAUUUGGAAAUUCCACAAAUAGCUCCAAAGUUCCACCGCUGAGCGCUCCGUUUGAGCUUGACAAGCAAUUAAUCAACGAAACAUCCGCUGCAGUGUCAGCUCUAGAGUCGGAAGUAUUUAGUAUUGAAGAACCUGUAUUUGAGAUUCCAGUGGUUUCAAGUAUUGACAAAUCUUCGUAUACAGAUAGUCCCGUGUUUAAGUCCUCAGGAGAUACUGCCAAACAGUCUGCUGAACCAACCAUAUGCUCAAAAACAGUGGUCGCAGAAACUUUGGCUUCCAAAGCUAUUGAAAUUGAAGCAAAAACUGAUCAUUCAAAAUUAUCCUCUGAACCUUCAACAAACCUGUUGACUGGUGCAACUGAAAUUUUAGUGGCUAAAACUUUGACUGGAACUGAAAGAGUUGCAGAUGACGGUCAGGUAGUUAUGGGCUCAACAAGCCCCGAAAACGAUGAAAUUAAUCAGCAGACUCAUGACGGAGCCGUUAACACUGAAACGCUACCUGGCAUGAUUUCAACAUCCAUUGUGCCUUUGACUGACUCAGCAACUUUAACAGAACUUACAGAAAAUCAAAAGUCGGUCACUGAAACAGACACACAAUUUCAGCAACAGUAUGAUUCAAAAAUGGGGAUUCCUGAAACAGAAGAUCUUGCCAAAUUUGACCUUUUAAAAGAAUCUUCAGCUGAAAAAUCAACUUGUGAAGUGCUCAUGAAGAAUCCCACAAAUUGCUCAAAACUCCCUUGCAAAGAUUCACGUUCACAAGAAUUCACACCAGAAGACAAAGGAGCUUUAGCUGUCCCUUCCAUUGCCUCCUCGGGAAGCGAAAUUCUCCAGCCAAAAUCACCGAACACUCCUGUAAUUAUUGCAGAAACUUCAGCAGUUAUCCAUUCACCUAAAACUGACACAGCUUUGACUCAUGUCAUUGAAUCCCCUGAGAAAUUUCUACCCAAAAUUUCUCUAGAACAGGCUGUGGCUGCAACUUCGACCGUGUCUCGAAUUCAAUCGAAAUUGGAAGCAGAAACAACCAAACCUGUAGAAGCCGGCAUCAGCUCAGCUGAGUCUCCAAAUAAGUUUUUAUCGAAAAUUUCCUUAGAACAAGCUGUUGCUGCCACCGCAGCUGUAUCUCAUGUGGUCCUUGAAACCGAACCUGAAAUUACAAUCCCCUCUGUAGAAACUUCUCAUCUAAGAACGAAGUCACCUGAAUCUCAAUUUAGAGAAUGUCUGCUGUUAAAUGAAGAUGUGUCGGAAAAAUGUGCGACAAAUCCCAAUGAUUUACACCUAACACCCUCCGAAAAUAUUGCGGAAAAUGCGAAUGACGUAGGCUCAUUAGACAUUAUCAAAUCCCUAAAAACAAGCACUCCAUCUUCAGUUUCGAAAAAUAUAUCUGUUUGCGCAUGUCCCUCUCAACGAGCAAUGGAACUUGAAAUCGGAGAACCAUCAGUCGGCAUAUCUAUCUCGCAGCAGGGAAGCAUCGCUAAAGUUGCAGAGCAGCCAAUUUGUGAACCCGUCUCAGUCUUAGAAUCAUCCUCAAAGACAAAGCAGAGUGAAAUUUUCUUAUCAGAUAUUCCAGAAAGAGAUACAGAGCCACUGUCCGAAACUCAGUCAAAGAGCAACGCACCUGAUGAAAUUCAGACAGAAACGCCUGCAUCAUCUCAACUUCAAUCAGAAAUCAUACUCAACGCGAACCCUGAGCCAAUUUCCGUUUCCUUUGUUGACCACCUUGCGCAGCAAAAUCAUGAAAACUGCUCUGUUGAAAUUCAGAAUAAAGUCACCAGGGAAAGUGUUAGUGAACCAACAACCUCCAGGUCUCAAACAGAGCUGCUAUCUGCAACCAAAACUGAUAUUACUAGUAGGUUAAGACCUGACUUGCCUAACUCAAAUACUGAUUCCCCUUGUGUUGCAUCACCAAAGAACCCUCCGUCAGACUUUCUGUCACGAAGUGACAUGCCCGUCGAAAGUGAAGCAUUGCAAACGAUUUUACCCAUUACAACGAAUAAGGCUGAGCAAAUAGAAAAUUCUUGCCUAGAAGCAAACGCACUUGCUGAAACUCAGCCAGAUUACUCAGCAACUCUCAGCAAAGUGAGUGAGACCAAAUUGAUCGCUUCAUCAGAACCCAAAGUUUUAGUCGAAAGUCUGACCGAGGAUGCCCCACGAAAAUCGACUGCGGUUACAACUGCAGCAGAAGAGUCCUCAAGUGAUUUACAGCCACCUACAUCAGAAAACCUCAUCAAAUCCCAGCUUGAGUCCGUACCAUUAAUUAGUACUGAAACAAAUGAGACGUCAGCCGUUCAAUCCCAAUCGAGAGAAUCAUCACUUGAAGAAAUUUCAGACACUCCACCGGCCCAACCUGCCCAUAAGGUGAAUAGGACUUCGUCAGAGAAAACUGUCGUUCUUCCUUCAGUCCUCCAAGAAAAUACUAUCGCUAAACAGUCGUCUAUCACCCAAGAUUGCCAUACUGCGCGUUUCGAGCCAAAACUGGGUCCAAAUUCAGUGGCCAAAGAAGAAUUAAUGGAACCUCCUGUUGCAGGACCAUCAACAACAUCGGCUUAUUUUGCAUCAAGUGCUGAGCUAGAAACUGCAGAAACUUUGCAACAACUUUUAAAUGCAACUGAAUUGCAAGUUGGAAGUAUAGAAAUGGAUCAAUUUUCCAAGAAUGAGAACAAGAACCUAGACCCAGAAAACCCAACCACUAUGGAGCUAGAAACAGCCAUAAAUGAGCAGUCAUCCACAGAAGUUACUGGGCAUCUUGAGACGAUGGAAAAUGAUGCCAAUGUUGAAUUUGAACCAUUUCAGUCAAGUGUUACUGAGCCUGAAAACCCUCUGCAUUCCGCUAACAUCAAUUUAAAUCAGGCCUCAGUAGAAACUUCCUGUUGCGAUGCGAAUGUUAAUCAUUCAGAACGCUCCACCGCAGUUAUUAAAGAAUCCUCGAGUGAAAGCACUGCAAACAUCUCAGAAAAUAAGCUGCCAUCGGUUAAUUCAGAUUCAGAGAGUGCGAAGACUAAGAACUUAUCGAUGGAAACUCCCAACUUUGAAGCUAGCACUGAUACAGAAGAAUUAUUUGUCAACAUUGAAGCAGAGAUUACGUGUAACAGUAACACAAAAGCCUCUGAAAAUCCGGAACUCCUCACUACAAUCCAUUCCAAAUUUGUCGAGCCUGAAUCCACAAAUAUGUUUGAAAAUCCUGUUUGUCUAUCCACAACAAAAACUGAUGAGAAAUGCGGGAGUGCUCUAGAUGCUGAUAUUCACGGAGAAACUGAUUUUCCAAAGCCAGAAACCAAAUCGGACACGGGUUCUCCCACGGUAUCAAAUUUUGUUGAAAAUCCAUGUUCUUCACCCGAAGAAACACAGGAGUCACUGAAGGGAACCAAGACGAUUGCAGAAACCAACACAUCCCAGAUCAACUCUCCAGCCAAUUCGCCAGACGAGAUUACAGCACAUAAUGUGGAUGUUUCUGAAAAUACUUUCGUGAAGGAACUCCUUGCUCCAAGCAUUGAGAUGAAUGUCGAAGGAUCCCCUCCUUCUGUACAUGACGAUGCUGAACUUGCAUUUUCAGUUUCAGAUUCGGCUCAUCGAGAAGUGGAUCUUCAGUCUCCGAUCGUUGUGCAGCACGAACAAGAUGCUUUCCAGAAAUCAGAUAAUGAAAGUUCUGUCCCUACUACAUGUCCAGAAUCAUUAAAAGAAAUUCCCGAUGAUCAAACUAGCGAACUCUACUCUUCUUUGAGAUCUCCAUCUAAGUCACCGCGUGAAAAUUCUUUUAUCAGUUCUGACAGUCAAAUAUAUCCGAGUGAAGAAUGCCCAAGUAUCCUUUCACAGACUGUCGAAAAAUCAGAAUUAAAUGCAAAGACCAGCUCUAGCACUCCUCUCUAUGAUCCUGAAAUUGACACUAUCUCUUCAAAUAUUUCUACCGAGCAACGUUGUUCAAAUGUUGAAGAUCGCCCUCCCUUCAAUAUCACAUUCGAUUCCUCUGAAGUCUCGUCGCAAGAGCCUCUUACCGCCUCUAAGCAGCUAGUCUCGGAAAGUUUACUUAAUGAAGCAGUUUUGGAAAAUGAGACUCUUCCUAAGGCUGUCAAAUCAGGCGAAAUGAUGACAGACUUUACUGCAGACUCGGUUACAAUACCUGAUGAAGAUAUGUCGAUAACCAGACCAUCGAGUGAUUCUAAAAUUGAGCCAUGUACAUCACUUAAUCACGGAGAGCAAUCCAAAAAUCUGACUUCUAGCCCAAUCGAUAUCCAAAUUGAAUCAAAAUCUGAGCUGAAUAUCCAUGCAGUUCCCAGUCAAGUCAAAACAGAGACUGAUUUAGAAAUAUCUGUGUUAGAAACAUCAAUGAAGUCAAAUGAUGAAUCAGAAACAUCAAUCGUUCUGAAUGAAGAUCGACGAGAAACUGAGAAGACUGUCUCAACUAGCAAUGAUCGCAAUACUCCCAAUUCUGCAUCGAUGAUACCUGAUGAUGCAUAUCAAUUUUCAUCAGAAGCAAGUACCAUUCUCUCUGAAGCUCUGAUCGAACGUAAAAAUGAAUCAGACGUUUCUGAGAAUUCAAGCAAUAUUUCAUCUUUUGAGAAUCAAGGAAAAAGCCCUUUCGUUGAAAUUUCGGUGUCAUCAAGAACUGAAAUGGACAUUGCAGUAUUAGCGGAAGACUCUCAACUAGGAGGUCAAACUACAUCAUCUCCCAUCGAAUGUUCAUUGAAUGUUGACCGUCAACCGAACAUCUCAGAAGUCCCUGCUAACAUUCAGUCGGAAAAUGAAACAGAAGUUUUGCCUUUAACAUCUCAAAUGGAAACCAGAUCUGAAUCAGCUUCUACAUUCAUAUCAGAUGACCAUCAGUUGACGAGGAACUCAGAGUCAACCAUAGGAAAUGUUCAAACCCUUUUCGAAAAAGAGCCGCAAUCAAGACCACAAAGUCCUCUUUCUGAAACUGACGUAAAACUAGAAAGUGAAGUGACAAUCAAUCUCAUUGCAAGUGAUCCUCCAAGGAAAAAUUCAUCACGAACUACCUCCACCGAAGUUCUGGUCCAAAUAGAGACCUCACCAAACUUAACUCAGCUUUCCAUUAAUGUCCCAUCAGAAGAACAGACUGAGAAGUCUUCCAAUGACGCUCGAGUUGAAUUACGAUGCGAAUCAGAGAUAUCAUAUACUGGUGUCAUCAAAGGCGACUCUCGACAAAGCAAGGAAACACUUAACACCACUGUGAUAGUUGCAGAAAGGAAAAAUAAUGAGACGGACAGCUUUGAAAGUUUUAAUAAGACUGAGUCUAAAGAUACAAUUAUUUCUAGCAACAUUGUAGCUGAAUGUUCAUCAAAAUGUUCUCUUGUUGAGGUUCCAAAUGAAACGGAAUCAGAAUUAUGCGCCUCCAUGAUUUCUGCUCCCAUUCAGCCUGAAAGUAUCGAGCAAACCUGUCUUGUUGAAACUCAAGGGGAAUCAGACGGUGAAUUAGAUGUAUCGUCAGUCGAGAGUCAGAGUCCAAUUGUGAAACAAGAGGAAAUCCCAUCUUGUAAAAUCAUUGACGAACCAGUGUUAGACAUCCUGGCAGACACAGUGGAGUCAGCAGGAAGUGAAGACUCGGGUGGAGAAAUAGGUAUACCUCCUACUAAACCACUAGGAUCCUUUGAAUCAGCCCCAACCAAUAAUAUGAAGACAGAAGAACAAGUUGAAAUCUCCCCAACAACAGAAAAUUCUGCAUCAAAAAAGGAAAGGUCUAAGAUCGACUCACUGGUUCUGAAUUAUGAUACAACAGACACACUAUCGGACACCGCAUUAGACUUUACAGCAUCCGCUGGUAUCAGUGAUCAGUCAAAAUCACUCACAACCGAUGAUGUCCAAACGGAAAUUUCUCUGACGUUGGACUCUACAGUAUUUGUCGCUGAAAGCUGUCAUGCCGACUCAUUCACAAUUGACCAAGAAGAGUCGAAAGAACCAGUCAAACCAUCGAGUGUGCCUGACGCUAAAGAAGCCGUGGAAGAAAGCUCUCAGAUAAUAUUAGCCCCAGAAGAUCUCCUAGAUUCGACACAACCAGCGAAUGUAUCCUCGAUGUCGGAUGAUGUAAUGUCAGCAGGAGAAAACACCGAAAUUCCAAUUAAUUCACUUCCAACUGACAAUUUGAAGACACAACCAUCAGUUGAAGUUUCUUCUGCCGAAGAUGCUCUGCUAUCUUCAGAAAAAUCAUGUUCACUCAAAUUACCGACACUAAUUGAAAGCGAGAAGGAUCAGGUAGUGACGAAUUCAAUCAUACCAGAGGAUGAAUUAUCUGAGGAGAGAUUUUCUCUGAUUAGACCACAAGCAACUGAUGGAAUGAAGGUUGAUCAGCCAGUUGAAGGUAUUCCUGCACCAUGUAAUUCAGAAGUUGUGGAAUCGGGUUCUCAGAUCAUAUUGCAGUCGACAGAUAGUCCAAAGGCAGAGGAACCAAUCAGCAUCUUAUCCGCUCCACUUGCUUCAGCCUCUUUGGAUGGGAGCUCUCCUACAAAACGACAAAUCUUUGAUGAAGUGGAGCCGGAGGAGUCGACCAAAAUUCCUUCCCCAAAUACUUUAGCAGAGGUCGAAGUAAGCUCUGUAUCCAAACUAGCUGAAACCAGCGAAUUAAAAAGAGAUUUAUCGGCCGAAAGUAGUGAUGUGGUGGCAGAAAAAUCUGUUGAAACUUCAUUCGUAUCGGUUAUCUCAAAGGCCGAGGAGGAAAAUUCUCAAGUCAACCGUAUGCCACCAGAUGUUUUAACAGAAAAAUGGUCCAUGCAUAAUUCUGAUGGAGCCGCGUCCGUGCUUUCUGAGGAUCAUAUCCCGACUGAAACACCGGUAGUUGAUGAAGAAAAAGCAGAGCAAGCAGUCAAAGUCUCCUGCCCUUCGGAUUCUUUCAACUACAGUAAACCAGCGGAAACCGCAUCAGACACUUCAGCUCCUGUAGAUGUCGGUGAGCCGUCAAAAACACUCCCAGCGGAUGGUGUCGAGACGAAACAACCCGUAGAACUUCCAUUAAUUUUAGACCCCGCAGCACUUCUCGCAGAAAGCAGUCAUGCCGACCUAUCGACAAUUAACAAAGAAGAGUCGAAAGAACCAGACCAACCAUCGGGUAUGUCUAGCGCUAAAAAAUCCUCAGAAGAAAGCGCUGAGAUAAUAUCAGCCUCAGAAGAUCUUAUAAAUUCUACACAACCGGCAAAUUUCUCCUCCAUGCCGGAUGAUAAAACAUCAUCGGAAGAAAACAGCGAAAUUGAAUCACUAUCAACUAAUGAUUUGAAGACACAACCCUCGGUUGAAAUUUCCUCUGCGCAUGAUGUCUCGAUAUCAUCAGAAAUAGCUUGUCCAAUCAAAUUACAGAAAUUAAUUGAAGGCGAUGUAAAUCAGCCUGUAAAUGAUUCAACCAUGCCAGAGAAUGAAAUAUCUGUGGAGGAUAUUGCUUUGAUCAGACCACAGGCUACUGAUGGGAUGAAAAUUGUUCCAGAAUUUGUAGAUACAGGUUCUCUCAUCACAGGAAGGCCAACUGACAGUUUAGACGCAGACGUAUCCAUCAGCAUCUCACCAUCUACACUUGCUUUGACAUCUUUGAAUAGAAGCUCACCAUCGAAACCACAACCUACUGAUGAAGUGGAGGUAGAUGAGUGCAUCAAAAUAUCUGCUGUCGACACUUCGGUGGAAGUUGAAGUAAGCUCGGUACCCAAACCAGCUGAAAUCUCUGAACUAAAAACAGAUCAAUCGGCUGAAAGUAGCGAUGUGAUGGCAGAAAAAUCUUUUGAUACUUCAUCUACAUCAGGAAUCUCAGUGACCGAGGAGAAAAACUCUCAAAUAAACGUAAUAUUUCAGACCCCAUCUCAGUCAGCUGAUACCACCGAAGCUCGUCAACUUACCGAAACUCUCUCCUCUUCAAUCUCCCCUACAUCUGCACAGGAAGGCUCAUCGGCGGAACAACCCCUAACUGAUGAUACAAAAACAGAUACAUCGCUAAAAGUUUCCAAUGCCUCAGACACGAUGGUGUCAAUUGAAAAGAGCUGUCAAGUCAAACAACCUACAAAUGAUGAAAGGAACUUGCAUCAACCCAUUAAAACAUGUGAGACCAAUAGUCCAGAUACCUCUUGCUCAACAGUAAUGUCUAAUUUGGUUGCAGAAAAAUCGGAAAAAGUUGGGAAGAAGCCUACACCGCUUUCUCUCGAUACAGAAAAUGCUACACCCACAAAACGUUUUAAGUCUGAUGUAGUUGCAAAUUCAUCCUCUGAUUCUCUCCCGGGUCUACAAUCGUCAGAUGUAUCCUCUAGUAAUGUUGAAAGCCAAGUUCAAAGAAGUGCCUCUAAACAUGAGCUCGAUUGCAAAGGAGAUAUCGAUGAUGAAAUUCCAAGCAAAAAGCGGAAGACUGAAUUCUUGAACAUCGUUUCAUCGGGUUCGAUCUCAGGUGAUGGCCUCGGCACUGACGAAGUUGAAUCUGUUGUUUCAUUUGCCGAGCGAAAUAAAUCAAAAACUGCUCCGUAUUCUGGAAUAUUAGAUGUAAACAUUAACACUGAAGCCUCACAGGCGACAGCUGGAAGCCCUCCUUUGUCAAUAAUAAGCAACUCAGAAAGUAUAACUAAAAGUGAGGUAAUUGCCAUUGAUAAUACUCAAAGUGCCAAAGUUGAAGUUUGCAGUCUUACCCUCUCAACUUCCCCAGAUAAUAUUCAGAAUGUAGUAUCGUCUAAUGACAAAGCACUCUCCACACUUGAAUCUCUCACGAAGCAGCCUCAAAGUUCAAACAAGUCCCCACCAUCCAAUCCAGAUCCACCGAAAGAAGACUCUCUUGUUAAAAGUGCUCAAAAAAGGAGAGAAACCCCUUUUUUAUACACCCUAAGUCCUGAGGGUAAGGACUCUAAAACUCAUAUACUCAAUCAAAGGAGAAAGCUAAUUGAUGUUGCAUGUGCCAUAACUCUAGAUCUGUCGGUGGUAGUUGAAUCAAAAAGCAAACGCAGAAAAAUAGGUCAUUUUGGAAGACAACUCAACCUUAAUGCUAAAGAUCCUGUCUCUGAAUGCAAAGAAGAUAAGUCUGCCUCUGUAAUAUCUGUUACUGAAGUGUUUAGCAAAGGAAGCGUUUUUAUAUCUAAUACUGUUGAAAGUGAAACAAAAGACCAAACUGUCUCCCAUUCUCUCAUGUUGCAUGGCUCUGCAAUAAGCAAAGGUGAUACGCCGUCACCACAGAACGAAAUCAAAUCAUCAGCCGAAAUUUCAGUCCCGGACGUUUCCUCUCAGAUCAGUCCAAAACCUAUUGUAUUUCCUCAUGUUGAACCGGACCCAGAUCUGAUACAGAACCCCGGUCUUUUCUCAAAUGAUAAAUUAACAACGCCCACCAGUGUUAAAGAAGCCUCUUCAGACGAAACUCUCGAUACCCUUGUUCUGCCCUGUACCAUAGAAGCAACCACCUCUGGAAAAAUAUCACCUCAAUAUACCUGUAAUGUCCAAAAAAAUUCGCCCAUCUUUAAUGUAGAAUCAGUCAUUGUACCAUCCAAUGAUAACACAUACUUAUCAUCUGAUGAUUUUCACAGGCUUCAAAAUAAUGAAAAAACGGCUUUUGCCAGCACUUGUUCUGGACCUGGAAACGCUCCGUCCGUUACUGAAAAUUUACUUACCCCUGACAAGAAUAAGAAAACCACUUCCUCCACUAGUCUAAACGUUGAUGUUCCCUCUGAGAAAGAAAAAACUGCCACUGAUAACAAAACCUCUCAGUCCUUGAAGGACUCCGACGAAACUUCUCAAGACAUUGUCUAUCCACCUAUUGAUCCUAAUAAAAUCAACCAAGACUCCUCCAGUGAUGAUCUCUCCUCUAAAAAUGCAAAAGAUAACAAGAUCUCUCAACAAAUAGGGUACGUAACUUGUUGUAAUAACAGUAAUGUUUCUUCUAGAACUGUAUCUUUUGGCAGUCCCUCUAUUCUUGAGGAAGGACAGCCUUUCAACUGUGAUCCUUCAUCCAAUCCCGCCUCAACUUCCAAACCUGAGAUGUUAGUUGUUCCUGAUGACAUUUCUGAUUCUCUGCCAAUCUCUUUUGACUCCUCUCAAGCCCACUCCUGCAAGAGUGGCAACUCUGUCUCUCGUAGCUCCGUAGUUGUGUGUGCAUCCAACCCUUGCGUGCGUGAAGAAGCUGUGUUACCAUCUCUCGCUGCUGAAACGUCACAUUGUCAGCCAGCAAGUGUAGCAGCCACCGCAAGAUCGCAUGACGAAACUGAGAAUGUUAUAACUUCCUCUCACUCAUCCGCCGGUUUUUAUGAUUCACAGGUAGUUUUGAAGGCAGAAAUUUCCCCCCAAGAAGAAUUGGCGUGCUCAAUUAAUCCAACAAUGCUUGAAGCAAAGAAUUCAGAUGAAAAAAUGGCAGCAGUGGCUAGUGAUGCACCCAAAUCAGCAGAACUUUCAGAAAAGGAAAGAAGUGAAUUGCCAGAAAGCACUCAACUUAAUGGGGAAGUAGAAACCAUCCCUGGUAAGAAUAUCACUUUUUUAGCUGAAAUAGUCAGUCCCGAGUCUAGAAAACCAGACAACCCUAAAAAUGCUGAAGCUUUGCAAAGCUCUGAGAACAUGCCCUUACCAAAUGAAAGCAUAAAUUCAGAAACUCUGUCUGCAGCCGAGAAUAUCUCCGCAUGUUCUCCUUCUGAAAUAUCCUGCAAAAUUUCCUCAGAUUCAUCUGCAAGCGUACUUUGCAAGUCCGAAAUCAAUCUGUCCUCAAAAUCACCGGACAUUAAAAAUUCAAGCGAAAUUGAAACUGUGGAUGAAGUUAGUAGUCUAAAGCCUGUCGUUAAAGAUGACUCUUCGGGAGCAGAGCAGCUUGCAAAAAAAACCACCAACAUCCAAAAAUCUGAAUCCCUCAGUGGAGAAGAUGAGUUUAAAGUCUCUGAGUCGGAUACUGUUGAGUCAGUUUCUGUUCCCAAGAGCAGAACACCAGGCCAAAAUAAUGUAGUACCUGAAACCAAUAUUGUUGAAAAAACUAUAAUACCCCAUUGUGAAAGCUUAUCAACCGGGAAUGUCGAAAGCUGUGAACAAGCCGAGAGAAAUGACCCAGAGCCAACCACGGCUCUUGAAUCUAUCAGAAAAGUAGAAUGUAAAUCGGAUAAUACUGAUGUGACUGGUGGAAUGGACUGUAAUAAAGCUGUCCAAGAUCUCAUUACACCCCACAGGAAAACCUCUAGUCCAGAAUUAAUCCCCCUCGACGAACCCCUUAUUCCUUCAGCAGAGGAGGGUCCAAGUGCAAAAUACUCUCCAACUUUGAGUGCUAAAGAGAAAGAAGAGUCAGGCUCAAAAUUAGAUAAUCAACCAUACACCGCAUCUAUCAUUGUUGAAAAGUUACCCCUUGAAAAAGGCAACCUUAAUCUCAGCUUAGUAGCAGAAAAAUCUACAGAUGGUGAAGUUCCUAAAACUGCUGAAAAGAAACCAGGCUCUACUGAAAAGCCCGGGAAAUCGGUAAAUGACCAACAGGAUUUACCUGUGGCACAGAGAGAAACUUUUGAAAAUGACAGUGUCCAGGUCCCUUCUACUUCCGAGGAAUGUGCCCAUGAUGUUAGCUCAAUCCCCGAUGUUACCAGCAACGAAAGUAUAAUUACUGACCAAACUAAAGAAAAGCUGGAAAAAGGAAAUAGUGCGAACAAAUUCGAGAUCAUAGAACCAAACCCUCCAAAAGAUUUGGCAGAGUCUGAGGAAAACUACCCAAAAUUCUCAACUCAGUCUGAUCCCCCAAAUGUAGCAUCUGAUACUGCAACUCAGGAGGACCUUACCAUCGACAUCUCUAAAUCUAUUUCUGAAGCCGUGACCAGCCAAGAUCCUAAAAGUGAAUCCUGCAAUGAAUUAUCUGCGUGCAAAGAUGCAGGCAUUAUUGCUGAAAACCUGAUUGAGCCACAAAUACCUUUGAAACCUGUAUUUGAAGUCCAGAGCUCAGUGGCUACACCGGAGGAUUUUCCAGAACCUGACAGUAUUUCUAUUCCUGAAGCUGUUGGUGUGGUAGAUUCUGAAAACUGUGCUGAGAUAUCCAACAAAUCGGUUGAAUUCUCAGAUGUUGAAUUCACUGAAACGACAGACUCUGCAACAAGUUCUGAAAAAUCUGAAAUUCUUAAUAAAACGUAUGAAAAAUCAUUUACCGCCACAAGCUCUAGAAAGAUGGAAAGCCAAAAUCCUGAGACCAUUUUGAAGGAAUCCAAUAUCUCAAAAUCAGAAGAUACUGAGCUUAGAUUUAAAAUUCAUGACCUCAAUAAAAUGAACAGCUUCGAUUUCAAAAAUAGUGAAGAAAAAAUCCAAGAAGCCACUGAAAUUUUAGAACCUUCAGUUGCUGAAUGCAUCGCAAAAGUCCAUACAUUGGAGGAUGAUAAUCCUUGUGAAAAAACUGAGGAUUCCGAAACCAAUGAUGAUAAUAAAACAGACAAAGAAGGAGCAUUGUGCAUCACAGACUGCGAGAUCGUUGAGGUAAAAAAUCCAGAAGAGGAAAAACAAUUGGAAACCCCACCAGUUACCGAAGAAAUUACUGAGGAGAAUGCAGAAGAUAAUAUCAUCGAUAGUGAAGUGAUGGAAAAAGACUGCGAAAAUGAAGAAUCAGAAAUGGCUCAGUCUGAUGAUGAAUCCCUUGGGGCAGACGAACUCACAAACGAUUCGGAAUACUCAAACUCAGGAGCCAUUGAGAGUACGUUGACGCAAACUGAUUCAGGACCAAUGGAAAUCCAAAAGCUAUCACCAGAGCAGCUCAAAGAAAUCAUUGGAGGAGAUGUGAGCGAAGUGCGAUCGGAGUCGGAAGAAAGUCAGGACGUAGUUAAAAAUUUAGCAUCAGAAUUCGAAGAAGUUAGAAAUUUCGAAUCAGUGAAAGAGAUCACCACAUCCUCAUUGAAGAUCAAGAUCACCACUAACACUGGACUAAAGCCAAAGGUCGAGAGCAGUAUAGCAUUGCAAGGUCAUACUUCUGCAACAGUAUCGCGCAGCUGUUCUAUUGACAGCGAGAGCACAUCUCAAUCUAUUGAUAAUGCAACUUCUGAAUCAGAUAGAACUCAAUCAGCAGCGGUAAGUCGAUCUAGCUCCAUUGAAAGUGAAGCAAGCAUACUUUAUAGCGACAAAGGUAUCAAAACACCAGCUUCAAUCAGCCGAACAAACUCCACCAGCAGUGAUAGUUCUGUCUCCAGCGAGCUGAGCCGCCUGAAAUCAUCUGGUGUAGACGCCUCACUUUUACCUCACCCUGAAUACAAGAACAAAAUCAAGGUUGACCUUCGCAACAACCAAAUCAUUUCCCAUGAGGCUGGAAAAUUCCCAAUGAAAAUUACCACGGAGGCGUCUUGCCCGGCCAAGAUCUUUAUGAAGUCAGCAACAAAACCAGAGCCGGGAUCUUCAAAACGGCGUGCUAUAGAACCAAUAACUACAGAUUGUAAAGUAAUUCUGAAAUCCAUUGAUACUGAUAGUAAAGAAUCCAUGACCCCGAAACGUGGCAGAAGAAAAGCAACCAUGGAUGGUAAUGAUAGCAUCGAUGGCCAAAGUUUUCCUGAUAAAUUAGUGCCCAAGCGCGGGCGGCCGAAGAAGGUAGCAGAGAUGGAACCGCAGGUCAAAUUAUCCAAACUUACAACAGAAAUUAUUAAUGCUGGAGAAGGAGGAAGUGCGUUACGCUCCUGUGGAAAUGAGAAUAGUGAUAUUUUAAACAAGGAGCCUGAUGCAGUGGUAGAUAUGGAGGCAAACUACAAAGUACCCAACGAAUUGAUGGAUGGCAGCUUCAUGGAUGAAACACCAGUGAAGAGUCCAUUUGUUUCACUGCUGACUACAGAUUCUGAUGCGACACCAGGUUCUGGUGAACCCAUGAAGCGGAAACGAGGACGUCCGCGUAAAAUCAAAGUGGAGGAUGGCAAUCUCUCUACCCUGCAAGGAACUCCCGUUAAAGGAAAAAGAGGACGAAAACCGAAGAUCAACCUUGAUGACCCUAAUGACCCCCGGGCAGUAGCAGAAAGAGGACGGUUGGCUGAGCAAGCAAGGCUUCGUCAAGAAGCUGCUGAAAAGAAACGGCAAGAGGAAGAAGAGCGUAAACAAAGGGAAGAAGAGGAACGCAAGCAACGAGAAGAGGAAGAACGAAUUAGGCGCGAAGUAGAAGAAAAGAAACGGCUUGAAGAGGAGGAAAGACUCAAAGAAGAGGCCCUGAAAAAGAAAGAAGAAGAGAAGGCCAGGAAGUAUGAAGAAAAAAAGAAGAGGUAUGCUGAAAAGUACAAGGAGUUCGUGAGAAAACGAGAGGCGAAACGGGAAAAAUUGAAACGACGGAAUGAAAUCCGGAAACAACAAAUGCGUGAAGCAAGGGAGAGACAGCUCGCUGAGAAAGAAGAAAGAGAGAGGAGGAGAGCGGAAGCGCCUGAAUUGUUUGAAGAAGAAACGCAGAUGGGCGAUGAAGAUUUGCUGAAGAAAGGUCGCAUGGAAGUGAUUGACCUUGAAAGCAAUCGCGAUUUCUCGGUAGCACAAGUUGCUGAAUACCAGUGGCCUUUGCAAGGUGGAGAAUGGUACAUGAUCCAAGAGCAGGUAACCCAAUAUUUGGGCGUUAAAGCCGCUUUUAAACGGCGAUACCCCAAUCUGGAGAGUCGACCUGUCCAAGCAGAAGAAAAAACGUUCCUCCUUGAUAGCGGGCUUGUCUCAAACACUAUUGCAAAUCUAGGUCUCACGGCAGUCAAAAGCACUGAUAUUCUAGAUAUCAUGUUUGCUGACUUCAAGCAUAAGUAUGAUGAAUUCAGUAAUCAUUUACGGGAGAUGCAAGCAAAAGAAAUGUCACUGAGGCAACUAGCCCUUAUGAGUCGACCAACAUCUGAUCAAAUCGUAUCAAUGGAGCGAGCCGUCAGGUCAGCAGCUAAAUGGAACAAAGACUUCAACAAAGUCCGAAAGCGAUGCUCUUUUGACCUGCAAUCCUACACUGUUCAGUAUCCACAGACCAAGCGAGCCAAACUCACACGACCCACCAACAAAAUAGGCAGUUACCCGAUCGCUGUUCUCCCUGGCCAAUACACCGAUCACUACAACAGCUACACUCCUGAUGAUUUACGUUAUCUACCUCUGAACACAGUGCUGUUUGGGCCACUCAAACCCUACGAAAUGCCUCCACCAGCCCCUGCUCCUACUGCUAUUUCUCAAGACAGCUCCGACGAUUCAAGUUCCGAUGAAUCCAGUGAGAGCAGUAGUGAUGAUUCAGCCAGCUCUGUUGGAGAGAUCAAAGAGCUCCCUAUGGAUGAAGACACAAAUCUUAGCACCUGCUCCACUUUCUCAAAGGAGAAAAGCAGAUUCAACAUACCGGAAACGAGCAUCAUCCUUCACAGAACUGAUUUCAGCAACCUUCCAUCCACUAGCAAACUUAACAACGUUCCGCCAGUACAGAUUCCCCAGCAUGGACUGACUGAAGAAUAAUAUGUGGACAGCCAGAAAAUUCAUGCUCUGCAAAUUGAACCAGCAUGGAUCAUUUGACAUGGAUUCAUUUGCCUUCAAAAACCUCAUCUAUACAUCACUUCUUUUUUUCAAUUUUAAACCUCAUCAAUGUGGAUGUUAUUUGUACAUUUUCUUCCGAUUUCAAGUGAUUAUUUCCAAGUCCAUUUUAUCCAUCAACCUUAAUACCUAUAGCAUAACAAUAUCAACCAUUCAAUUCUGUUGACUUUCUUAGUGUCACUGAUUGAGUAUCUUUUACAGUAAAUUAUGAAUGAAGAGGGUAUUUUAACACUAGUUGAACUAGAGUUUGUGAACGGAGGUUUUACUGCGAUUUGAAUUGAUCAGUGAUACAGGUUGAAGAAUUAAUGAAUUGACUACAAUUGACAUGUCAUGCGAGUCACUCAUUGCCUCGUAUUUUUCAGCCUGAGAUGAAAUUGAAAUUUCUCUGUACUGAAAAAAGUUCAUCUCAAACUGAAAAAAAAGGUAAUGAGAAACAUAAAUAUUUUUUUGAUAGAACUCUAAAAUAAACAUUGGUUCAGUCUCUUCCAAAUACAAUGAUACUCAACUAAAACCUAACACUUUGUCUCAGGCCGUGGUAAGCAAAUGUAUGUAAUCCCUUACCUCUCUAAAAUUAACUAAUUGUGAACAUAUUGUUUGCCAAGGCCUGAAACUAAAAUGGUGCAACUCCUGAAAAUGACCCUUUUCCCAUUUUAAUUGGUGUAAUAUUAAUUUUAGUACUUUUUAUUCUUCAGUGCAAGCUUUUGCAAUCCCCUUUCCCCCCUAAAAAUUAAAAAGACGAAAUUUAACCCCUGUAAUCAUAAUAUAUCUGGUUUGAAUUUUGUAACUCAAACAUGUUGACCGUUUUAUUUUUAGAUUAUAUACUGUAAUUCAGGUAAAUAUAACCUAACCAAUCAAGGUUAAUCUCAAAAGACUUCAUGACUAAAAUAUCUAUUAAAUCAUGCUCCUAAAGAAAAUCAUCUAGAUGAAAAAUAGACUAAAAUUUUUUACCACUACAGUCAUUAAGGCCCGAGUGGCAUUGAUAGAAACAUGCAUCUAUGGCACUUUAAAAGUUUGUCCAUAAUGACUGUUGUGACGGUCAACAUGUUGAGAGACUCAUCCUUAGCUUAGAAACCAACCUUGAAACAGCAAUCACUUGAAACAACCAUAUAGCAGCCGAUUUUCAUAUAACUUGUCCUUUUUCACUGUCUGCGUGAAUUACGGAAUGACUUAAUCAGCACAUACAGUGAAAAAGACAAAGUUCCUUGAAGCAGGCUCCAAUGGAUGAAACAGAGUCAUUGCAGACUAAAUCUAGUUUAUUGCAAAGAAGACUUUUUAAUCAAAAAAUCUCUCUUCCUGAAUUAAAAACUCUUCUUUUUAAGACAAUUUUUAAGAAAAUAGACAGUUAUAUGAGAAAUCUCCUGCUCCUGUCUUCCAAAGGAAUUUUUUCUUACUAUAAAAUUUGUAUUUAAAUGGCAAGUUUAGUGUGCAGGUGAUCCUUUCUCAAAUAUUUAUGAAAUGACCUCUCAGAAAAAAAAGAGAAAAAAAAGUAUAAUAAUUUAAGUAGGCUCUUUCAGAAUACCUAGCUUUUCUUUUUAAUAUUUUAUCUUUAUGUAAUCAUUGUCAAAACAGACGAAAUGUGAGUCCUAUAUUCAUCUUUAAUUUUAAUCAUGUUCUAAAAAGUAUAAUACUCUAAAACUCAUUAUUUGGCAAAUGUUGUGCUUCUAAAUAUGAGUGUUACCCACUUGAGUUGACAAUUGUAAGAGGAAACCAGAGGGUGAGAAGUAGGAAAAACUUCUCUGCACUUGAAUGAAACAAGCUAUUUUUAUUCAUUCAGUUUAUAAAAAUAGUUUGAAAAGAGGGAAAUAUGCGUUCUUUUAGGAUUGAAUGAAAGCAAUUAGAACUUACCUUGUUUCAGGUAUCAUUAUCAUAUUGUAAUGAUGGAUAUUCUGUGCCAUUUUGAUGGUCCAGUAUCAAGUAAUGUGUCAUCAUAAUUGAAAAUGCUCAAGAUUUCAUUCAGUAAUUCAUUUUCAAAUUGAACGCAUACGCAGAGCACACUCAUCUGCUCCUGUAAUCCCUUCUACAUCAAAAACUUGAAUUAUUCUGCCUUGAAGUUUUUCGUCUCGCUGAUUUCUACCUUAAUCAAAAUUAACAUUGUAUUUAAAUGUUAACUUCUAUGCAGAAAACCCCCUCUCCAAGACACAUGAUUGUUAUCAUUGUUGAAGCAGGGAUCAAGAUUUUAGUGAUUAUCCUUGGUGUGAGCAGUUUAUAGCUUAAGGGUACAAAAUGUGUAGAAUUCCUUGUAAGAAAUUACAUUGAUCUGCACAACUUCUGAGCCUUUCAUAUUUUAAAAUUUGAACUCUCUAUUGAUCAGUCUGAAUCAGUGUCUGUAUCACAAAUUGUAAUUGCAUGGAAUAUCUGCAGUAACCAUGGGCGUUGGAUGAGCGUAGAAGUCCUUCCAAGUGAAGAUAUCGUAAUUCAGCUGCUCAUUAGCAGCAGAUUCCUGCAAAAAGUAGAUUAAAGUUCCGAAAGGGUGCUUGAAAAAGUAUCUGUCUUUUUGCUAUAACUGUUUAAUGGAUAAAGGUAGAACUUGAAUUUUGUUAAUGUUUAAAAGUACACCAGGAAAUACAGCAGAAUACACAAGUCAAUUUUAAGGAGCAUUCAUCUUUUUGUGAAAUAGUAGACAGGAAAUUUUUGCUAAGAGUUCCAUAUGAAAAUGAGAAGAAGUAAAAGUGCAAAACCCACAAUGACCAGCAUCAUUUGUUUAAACUUACCAAAACUUCCGUUCACUGAUCUUAUUUUGGGAAUCUAUCUAUGAUAGAGGAAAGUAAUUAAUCUGCACAAUGGUGUUUUUGCAUGUCUGCAGAUUCACAUUAAUUAGAAGCACAAAUGAUUUAAGUGAAUGAGCAGCUUGAAGUGCGACUGAAAAUCCGUUUUUGAUGGAUGAAACCACUCUCUCUGCCACUGAUAUUCACUCUGAAAUCAACUCUGUGCCUGUUCCUCAGACCAUCAAUUGAGCGCAAGUUUAAAGUAGAGCUAACUAACUUGACAGAUACAGUCCUCUUGAAAGACCUAGAUCUUUACAGUCAAAGUUUCUCUUCUUGCCCAUUUUCGGACGGAACUUGUAAGAAAUUGGUUUUCCUGUUUGCUUCUUAGCCCCUUAUAAAAUCUUUUCAAAAAUGUGGCAUGAAAUUUUUAUGUACUUUUGAGUUAACUUUGAAGUGUAACCAAAAUUAAAGCUCUAUUUCUAGCCAUUCAAAAGUUGUUGCAAAAAAACGCUCUCUUUUCAAAGUGCCCAUGUUUGUAUGCCUGGCGUAAUAUUUCUAGUAUGGUAAAGUUAAAUGUGUAAGUAAGGAGUACUAUAUAAAUAAUGAUAUCAAUAUUUUCCCCCAAAAUGUGACUAAUUGCAUUCAAACUUGGUAAUGUUCUAUGUAAUAUGAGUGUAGCAUAUAUUUCUGAAAGUGUCCGCAUGUCCUUUUAUUUAUAAUAACAAGAAUAGUAAAUCUGUCUUAUCUUUUUUGGGGGAGGAACUAGGCAAAUUAUGCGAUGUAGAUUAGUUUUUUUGAGAAAAAAGAACAAGAAUUUUCUCUUUUGAACUUGUAAAAUUUCAAUAAUUUAAGUUUUAUGAAUGAAUCUAUGACAACCCUGUUAUGGACUAGGUUUUGAAAACUUGGAAAUUUGCAUUUUAGGAAACUGUCCUUAUUAAAAUGGGGGCAAACUGAUUUACUUUUUUACUUAACUUUUAAAACUUUCUUUCCAUUAGGAAUGAAAGACUUGCUUUAAAAAUUAAAGGAGUAAAUUUCUACAGAUGUAAAGAAUAUCAACCUCCCUCAUAUUAUGUAUUAUAAACAAGUUUAUCAGAAGAUUUGUGAUCUUUUUUGAGCACCUCAGUGAAUCAGACAUUUUUACAGGCAUGCAAGAAUGAAAAAAGAAGACAUCUCCCACUGCUCAAGUGUCAAAGGAUCAGCUUGUCAAGAUUUUAUUUUUCAUGGAUUCAUCUAUUUAUUUGUAAAAAUCUUCUCAAAUCUUAUAAGUUCAUUGUAAAUAUAAAUUGAUUUUAAUAAGCUGUAAAUAAGCUCCGAAUGAUUACUCAAAAUUGGUAAAAAUAAGUUUUCAUGUGUGUUUUCAUUAGUUAGUAGGAUAUCCUGCCUCUUCCAGGAUGCUAUAGGGUUUAAUCAUGCCUAGCAAAUUACAAAACUUUCGUUAAACUGUACAGUUAGUCUGUAAUUAUUGUAAAUAAAUUAUUUUUCUUGUUGUUCAUUAGGGUUACGUUCCAUUUUUUAAAAGUUAGUAGCAUUGUUUGAAUCAUAGUUUAUGCUUGUAUCUAUGUAGAUACGGAAUCAUCGUUUCCAUAUUUUUACUGACUUCUACGGCCGGCUUACAAGGCCAUUUUUUAUUUUUUUACUAACAAUUAGAGGUUAUAUUUUCGAUUUUUUGAAAAAAGGAAUUGAAGUUGUCUGUGGUUAGUUUGAUAGUCUCUGCUUGUUAACUCUAAAGACAGCCUUGGAAUCUGAGAAAAUUCAUGUGUCUCUAAAGGCAAAUUUACUUAAGUUAGGAUCUUUUUGCUCCACAUGUUUUUAAAUCAAUAGCUUUGUACAAAUUAUUUUUAUUCGCUUAUAAUUAUUGUAACUCUUUUGUUUGUUUCAUUCUUUUUAACAUCCUUUUCUUCUCAAUUUUUAAAAAAUGUUCCUACUUCUAACAAAUUUUGACGAGACAUUAUAAUUCUUCCCCUCCCAUACCCCCACCCCCCUGGACACUUUUUUCAUCGUGUGACUAUGAAAAUAUUCUGGUGUUCUCUCAGUUCUUUUUUUUUUCUAGAUUUAUUUCUGUCUUCUUUUUUUACCUAAAUUUAUGGUUUACUCCCCCCUCUCUCCAUGGCCUGUGCUGACUUUAUAAACUCCAAUCGUUCAGUGUAUUCCUUUUUUUUCUCUCCUUCAAUAACUUGUACAAGAUCAUUUGCAGUAGUUAGUUUUUAUUUCAAAAAUUUCUUUCCAAUGUUUGUUUAUUAUUCUUGUCCUUGAUUUGUUGCCUUGAAACUGCUUCCAAUAAACUUUAGAUGGAGCAUCAAAGAAUCCUUGAAAACAUCCUUCAGUUAAUUUUUUGCCCCCCCCCCCCCAAAGUUUAAUCAAAAGUGUGUGUUCUAUGAUCUACAGAAGUCUUCAGAAAUUUCAAAUGCUGACGACCUAAAUUUCUUGACUCCCAUCUAAUCCCUUGGGAUGGAAUUGAUGUUGAGAAAUUUUUUCUCUUAACUAGGUGUUCUCUAUAAGGCUCAGAUUUUUUGCGCUUUUCCUCAGAUCAAAAUGUGCGAUUCCUGAUGCUAACAAAUAAGUGUUUUUCUUCAUAUUUAGCAUAGAUCUGGUCAUUACUUACCAGAAUAUAAACCCAUGGGCGGCCAGCCUUGAUCAAAAGGUUUGGUUGGAAUGUGGUGAAUCAUCAAAUACAAGUUGGUUGGACCAAGAGUUUUGGUCACCUUGAGCCAACAAAUAUGAAAGCUCAUGCUUAAGCAGAGGAAUAAGCAUCACAUGUUGUGUCAAAUUUUGAUAAAUCUGCUUUAUUAUUUGACCAACUGUGUAAAUUGCGGGAAGAGAAACCUGGAACUGUUGCAAUCAGGAAACAUUAUUGACAUGCCUGCUUUUUCAAUCCAUCCCAAAAUUGCGCAAGAACUUUUUUCUUAAAUGAUGAAUUAUUUUGAGCUUCGAAGAUCAUUAACUAAUAGAAUAUGAAUUAGUUUUAUUCCCUCUUCAGUUUUAAUCAGAUGAAUCGAUUACCGAACAGAUUUUGCAAUUUGGACCUAUGAUUGCAGUAAUGAAAGAAGUAAUAGAAAAAAAGUGCAAUUACAUCUCUCUAUGUACUUUCUAAAAAUGAUUCAGACUACCAGGAUAAUUGAAAAAGUGUUCCUUCAAGUAUUCGUAAUCAAAACAGAUAUGCGAUUGAAUUAUGUCCCUAAUCGCUUCUAAUUUUGAAGCUCAUUGUUGAGUAUUUUUUAAAAUGACUUUAAGGUAAUAGUAUGAUCAUCCAAAUUCUAAGGUAAAUUUGUUUACCAACGAACACUUGAUAUUAUCAGACGAUUUCAUCUGAAAGGAUUUAUGUUUGAUCAAUCAUUUAUUUCCUUACUUAAUUUUCUCCUACAAGAAAAAACAAACAAAAACAACUGCAAUUUUAAACUGUAUUCACUUUGUCUCAUAAUCUCAUGUAUACUUAUUUUUUAAUGUGCUCUUUGGUCAGUAAUUAAUGAUUCUUAUCUUCUAUUUCUAAUAGUUAGUAUUCCUUUUCCUUUAAUAAGUUCACCAAUUAUUGUUUUAGAAGAUUAACAUGGAGACAAUUAGGUGAUUCAAUUUUAACCACAUCAUAGAAUCAUAAUUUGUACCUAUUCAUUCACUCUCAUUUAUUUUUGUUGUAAAAUAGUAAGAUUUUUCUUGAUCAAGCACCUUGUUUUUAAUUUGUAGUUUCUUCUUAUUUCUUAAGUAAAUGGUAUAUUUGUUUAUUAAUUAUUAUUCUAAUUUUAUGAUUAAAUGUUACUUUUUGCAAAA